CGAGGCCAUGGGAUUGUUGAAGAAAUGGUCGUGGACUCCGGAUGAAGACCAGAAGCUCUUAGCUUAUAUCGAACACCAUGGCUUCAGGAAUUGGCGUACUUUGCCUGCCAAAGCUGGGCUUCGAAGAUGUGGAAAGAGCUGCAGACUGAGGUGGAUCAAUUACCUGAGACCUGAUCUCAAGAGGGGGAAGUUCACUCUACAAGAAGAACAAACUAUCAUCCAACUCCAUGCUUUUAUUGGAAACAGGUGGUCAGCCAUUGCAGCUCACUUACCCAACCGAACCGACAAUGAGAUCAAAAACUACUGGAACACACGUAUUAAGAAAAGGCUUAACAAGAUGGGGAUCGAUCCCACCACCCACAAGCCCAAAUCUAACCCUUUCUUCAGCUGCAACAAUGAUCGAAAGGCGGGCACACUGAACCACAUGGCUCAAUGGGAGAGUGUCCGGCUCGAAGCCGAAGCCAGGUUGGUUAAGGAGUCAAACAAAAUCCUUUCAUCUUCAAAAACUUCCCAACAGCAGAACAAUCACAACAAAAGCUCGACACCAUCGACUAAUAAUAAAUCAGAGUGCCUCGACGUUCUCAAAGCAUGGGAAAGCGUGGUUUCUGACAUGUUCACCAUCUCCUCCACCACCACCAACUCGAACCAAGUUAUAUUCGGGUCGAACCAGAGCUCUUACGAGCUUGGUCUAGUUGAAGCCGGUUCAAUUACACCCGUUGGAGGAAUCGUUGAAGAUGAGUUCAUGUUGGAGGACGAUAGAUCGAAGUACCAAGUAUCGGAAUUGAAUGAAGGAUUUGAUAACUCCAUGUGUUUGCGUGAUACUACGUAUCAUUGGACUGGUCCUGCAACGGAUCCAAACAUCGUCGAGGGUUUUUCAGAUAUCUCCGUGUAUGAUUUCGAUUACCCGAUGGACAUUGGGGUGUCGAUAUCUAUUUAA